AUGAAAUUAUUGCUUGGACAAUCGCAGGUAGCUUUACGAAAGUGCAAAUUGGGAAAUAGAACACUCAAUGCAGGACAGUUGAAAACACCUGAAGGUUUAGAAAGUUUAAUUCGCCAUGAUGAAGGGUAUAAAUUCUUAAGAGCUUUAAGAGGUUCACCACCUUACUUUGAAAAAGCUAAAAAAGACCUGUUUGCCAUGAUUCGCCAAUUAGGACCAGCAUCGCUAUUUUGCAGUUUUUCGUCUGCUGAAACAAAAUGGAACCAUUUAUUAAGGAUCCUUGGUAAACUUAUUGAUCACAAAGAUUAUAGUGAUAAAGAAUUAGACAAUCUUACAUGGGAUGAAAAGUGUAGACUUAUCCAAAGUGAUCCAGUAACAUGUGCAAGGCAUUUUGAUUACCAAUUCAAUACUUUUUUAAAACAAUUUUUAAUGAGUGAUAUUGCUCCUGUUGGAAAAAUAAAAGAUUGGUUUUACAGGGUUGAGUACCAACAGCGAGGGUCACCUCAUAUUCACAUGUUAAUAUGGCUUGAAAACGCGCCUGUGUUUGGUGUUGAUAAAGAUGAAGAUGUCACUGCAUUCAUCGACAAAAUAAUAACAUGUGGUAAGCCAGAAAAUGACUCAAAAUUACUUGAAUUUGUAAACAGACAAACUCAUAAGCAUUCUCACACGUGCCGAAAAAACGCCCAAAAAAUUUGUAGAUUCAAUUAUCCUCAACCACCAAUGAGAUCUACACAGAUACUUUAUCCACUGGAUGAUGAUACUUCUCGGACUGUAAUAAGAAGCAGAAAAGAUGUAUGGAAAGACAUUAAGAAUAAACUGAAUGAUCUGAAAGAGGGUGAAGACAUGACAUUUGACCAACUUCUAAAAGACUUAGAUGUUUCAGAACACGAUUAUAUUCUUGCAAUUAGAUCAUCGCUUAAUUGUCCAACAAUAUUUCUAAAACGAAGUCCGAAUGAAUUAAGAAUUAAUAAUUACAAUCCUGCAUGUCUCCAAGCAUGGCGAGCUAACAUGGACAUUCAGUUUGUCCUUGAUGUUUAUGCCUGUGCAAUGUAUAUUGUCUCCUACAUUUCAAAGGCACAAAAAGGCAUGAGUGAAUUGUUAUGCAAAGUUUGUGCUGAAGCUAAACAGGGAAAUUCCAGUAUAAAGCAACAGGUUCGCGAUAUUGGAAACAAGUUCUUAAACUCAGUAGAAAUAAGUGCUCAAGAGGCGGUGUAUAUCAUUCUCCAACUUCCAAUGCGAAAGUCCUCUCGAAACGUCGUGUUCGUUAACACAUCCCCAUCAUGUGAUCGGGUUGAACUACUGAAACCAUUAAGUGAAAUUGAGAAAAUGUCAGAUGAAUCGGAAGAAAUCCAUUCAGGUGGUCUUCUCCAACGAUAUGCUGAAAGACCAGAUUGUUUACAAAAUACUACAUUAGCUGACUGGGCAGCAUGGUAUGACUCUUGUGGACAAAGAAAAUAUAAAAAAACGCUUAAAAAAUCAGAUGUAGACCACCUUCCAUUGGAAGAUGAAGAUGAGAACAAUGAUGAUGAACUUUGUGAUGAAAACACUGAAAGUUGUAUUUCUUCUAAAAAAUCAAUUAAAAAAAGAACACAAGCUAGAAUUAUUCGAGCGUUUGGUUUAAUAAAGAAACUCAACAAGAAAAACAUUAUCGAGAGUUGA